AUGGCAGACAAUCAGGGUGCACCACCUCCGACUGGAGACCAGCAACAACAGCAGCAGCAAUGGGGACAACCUCAACAGCAAUGGGGACAGCAGCAACAAUGGGGUCCUCCUCAAGGAUAUCCUCAGCAGCAACAGCAAUGGAGUCAACCUCAGGACCAACAACGUGGAUACCCCCCACAACCACCACAACAGCAACAGGGCCAAUGGGGCCAACAACCCCAACAGCAAUGGGGACAACCACAACAACAGCAAUGGGGAGCACCCCCUCCAGGUCCUCCACCACAAGGCUAUCCUCAGCAACAAUGGGGAGGCUAUCCACCCCCUCAGCAACAACAGCAAUGGGGACCACCACAGCAACAAUGGGGACAACAACCACCACCACCUCAAGGCUAUCCUCCUCAGCAACAGCAGCAGCAAUGGGGUGCUCCACCACCACCACAACAGCAACAGCCACCCCAAUCAGGCUACCAAGCAGCAGCACCACCCCCAGUAGCCGGUCCAUCCCAAACAUACACCGGACCAGCUGCAGCCCCCUCCCUGGGUUUCAUACCAAACCAAACAUCACCAACCUACAACCCAACAAACGACGUCGAAGUCAUCCGAAAAGCCUGCAAAGGUUUCAACACCGACGAAAAGGCCCUAAUAACCACAAUCGUAAAACUCGACCCCUUACAAAUCGAAUCCAUAAACCAAAAAUACACCGCAGAUACCAAAAAACAAUUAUACUCCCUAAUGGAAGAUAAAACCCGAGGAAGCCUCGAAGACGGUCUUUGUGCCCUCGUCAGAGGUCCAUUGAACUUCUACGUCUGGCUCGUGGAUCGUGCUACGAAAGGGAUGGGUACGAAAGAAACUUUCCUUGACCUUGCGUUAUUGGGGAGGAGUAAUGCGGACAUCAACGCUAUUAAAAAGGCUUUCCAAGCUAAAUACAGUCGAAAACUGGAAUCCGUGGUUUCGGACGACCUCAGCGGUGCGGAACAACGGAUGUUUGAAAUGGUAAUUUCGGCCACUCGUACCGAAGAAGCUGCGGGUGUAAACCCUACGACCGUCACGGCGGAGGUGAAGGCUCUACACGCGGCUACGGAAGGUAGAAUGGGAACAAACGAAACGGAAGUCUCGAGGAUAUUCAUCAAGAGUAAUGAUGCUACCAUCCUAGCGAUUGCUACAGAAUACGAAAGGACGUACCAUCAACCAGUAGAAAGUCUGAUAAAGAGCGAGUUUAGCGGUCAUCAAAAGGAGGCUUUGUUGUAUAUCCUUAGAGGGGUACAGGAUAAAGCUAAGAGAGAUGCGGAGUUGAUAGAGGGGACGAUGAAGGGACUUGGAACUAGGAAUGAGGAGUUGGCGUUUAGACUGAUAACGGCUCAUUGGAUUCCUGGAGCUAUUCCGGCUAUUAAAGUGGCUUAUAAUCGAGUUUAUGGGAAGGACUUGGUGGCGAGGGUUAGAGAUGAGACUAGUGGUGAUUUUGAGAGGCUGUUGGUUGCGAUUUUGAAUAAAUAA